AUGACGUCUCUUGAUCCCUGCCGGUCCGACUUGAGUGCCUUGAUCCUCUUGCACGUGAGGAGAAAACAAGGCUAUUACAGCGAGGGCUGUGAAAAAGCCCUAAGAGGGAUGAUGAAGCAAGGGCUGAAGGAGAGGUGGCUGGGUGUAAGCCACGUCCCCUUGAAGGGAUCAUUGAAAGGCCUCCAAAAUGAGAUUCAGCUUAAUAAAAGUCCGAUUGAGUUGAUCGAGAUUGUCGAGAGUAUCAGUUGGGGCAAUCGAAUAUGCCACAAGAUGCGGUUGAGAAAAUUACUUCAGGCUCUGUCAUAG